AUGUAUUCAUUUAUGGCAGGAGCCAUAUUCAUCACGAUAUUUGGCAAUCUCGCCAUGAUUGUUUCCAUUUCCUACUUCAGGCAGCUUCACACACCAACCAACUUCCUCAUCCUCUCCAUGGCGGUCACCGACUUCCUCCUGGGAUUCGCCAUUAUGCCCUACAGCAUGAUCAGAUCGGUAGAGAACUGCUGGUAUUUUGGGCUUACGUUUUGCAAGGUUCAUUAUAGCUUUGACCUCAUGCUUAGCAUAACAUCCAUCUUCCAUCUUUGCUCAGUGGCUGUUGAUAGGUUUUAUGCUAUCUGCUACCCCUUACGUUAUUCUUCCAAGAUGACAAUCCCAGUCAUUAAACGGUUGUUGUUUCUCUGCUGGUCGGUUCCUGGAGCCUUCGCCUUUGGCGUGGUCUUCUCCAAGGCCUACGCUGAUGGCAUCGACGGCUAUGCUAUCUUGGUUGCUUGUUCCAGUUCCUGCCCAGUCAUGUUCAACAAGCUCUGGGGGACUACUUUGUUCAUGGCAGGUUUUUUGACUCCUAGUUCUAUAAUGCUGGGGAUUUAUGGCAAAAUUUUCGCUGUCUCCAGAAAACAUGCCCGUGCAAUCAGUAACUUGCCAGAGAAUCAAAAUAACCAAAUGCAAAAAGACAAAAAAGCAGCGAAGACAUUAGGAAUAGUGAUGGGUGUGUUCUUGUUAUGUUGGUUUCCCUGUUUCUUCACCAUUUUACUGGAUCCUUUUUUGAACUUCUCUAGUCCUGUAGUCCUGUUUGAUGCCUUGACGUGGUUUGGCUAUUUUAAUUCCACGUGUAAUCCCCUAAUUUAUGGUUUCUUCUAUCCCUGGUUUCAUAGAGCCCUUAAAUACAUUUUGCGAGGUAAAAUUUUCAGCUCACAAUUUUAUAAUACAGAUUUGUUCACUCAAAAAUAA